AUGAGUGUUGAGGACCCGCCAAUUGAGCGCCGGCAUUCGAAUACCGGCGGCGAGACCAAUGGGGCCAACGAAGGGGACGAGGACCGGCUAGCGCAGUUUGGGUACAAGCAGGAGCUGAAGCGGGACUGGGGGCUGGCGCACAACUUUGGGGUUUCCUUUUCGAUUAUUAGCGUCAUCACGGGCAUCACCACGCUCUUUUCCUAUGGCCUCAACACAGGCGGGCCAGCCGUCAUGUCGAUCGGCUGGAUCCUCGUCUCCUUCUUCACCCUCCUCGUGGCAAUCGCCAUGGCCGAAAUCGUCUCGGCCAUCCCAACCUCCGGCGGCCCCUACUUCUGGGCCGCCAUGCUCGCACCACCCCGCUGGUCCCCCUUCGCAGCCUGGCUGACGGGGUGGUACAACCUCCUCGGCCAAGUCGCCGUAACAACCGGCAUCACCUUCGGCCUCGCCAACCUCCUGCCCACAGCUAUCACGCUCAAACACCCAGACUUUGAAGCCACGCCCCGCAUCGUCAUCGGCAUAUAUGCCGCGUUGCUGGUCUCCCACGCUGUGGUUAACACGUUCGGUGUGCGCAUCCUCCGCCACCUGAAUAACUUCUCCAUCCUCCUCCACAGCGCGGGGAUCACCGCGCUGUGUAUCGCCGUGCUAGCCCUGGCGCCCACCCACCGCCCGGCGUCUUUCGUCUUCGGCACUUUCCACGACGGCACAGCAGCAGUCUCCGAGGAUACGGGGGAACCCCUAGCCGACGGCUGGAGCAUCCGCGCAAGCCCAGCCUACGUAGCGCUCUGCGGCGCGCUACUAUCGCAGUACACGCUAACAGGAUUCGACGCGUCAGCGCAUCUAAGCGAGGAGACGCGCAACGCGAGCUGGAGCGCACCGAUCGGCGUGGUGUCGAGUGUGGGGUUUAGCGCGCUGUUUGGGUUUUUUGUGUUGAUGGCGCUGCUGUUUUCGGUGCAGGACUUUGAGCGCACGCUGGGGUCGGCGUACGGACAGCCGGUGUUGCAGAUUUUGGUGGAUGUGGCGGGGGAGAAUGGGGCGUUGGGGUUGUUUUGUUUGAUUUUGGUCUGCGUCUGGCACUGCGGCCUCUUUAGCAUGACCAGCAACAGCAGAAUGAUGUUUGCCUUUGCGCGGGACGGUGGAAUCCACCCCUACUUCCACAUGGUCGACGCCCGCUUCCGUUCCCCCAUCCGCGCCGUCUGGCUCUCCGCAACCCUCUCCUUCUGCCUCGGCCUUCCCUCGCUCGGCUCCAGCGUAGCCUUCGCAGCAGCCACCUCGAUCGCCACCAUCGGCCUGUACAUCAGCUACGGCAUCCCCGUGGCCAUCGGUCUGCUCUGCCACCGGUCCUUUAGCGCGAUGAAGGGGCCGUUCAACCUGGGUAUGCUGUCCCGCCCCGUGGCGCUGGCGGCGUGUUUGUGGAUUGGGUUUAUUACGGUGGUGUUUUGCUUGCCGACGACGAAUCCGGUGUCGAGUCAGACUUUUAACUAUACGGCUGUGGCGGUGGGGAUUUUGAGUGUCUUUGCUGUUGGGUCGUGGGUGGUGUGGGCACACAGGUGGUUUACGGGGCCGUCGGCGGAGGUGGCGGAGGCUAUGAGGUUGGGGGUGGAUAUUACGGAGCCGGGGGCUUUGGAGGAGAGGGAGAAAGCUGUUGGGAACAAGGCAAGUGCGUCGAGUUAG